ACGGACUGGGGAUAUCGUGUUACAGCAUCAGCAAGAAAUGGCAGGGCGAUUCAUUCCCCACUGAUCAAGGGGAAAAAACCUAGGUGGUGGGAUGCCAGACUCCAUUACUCUACAAUGUCCAGCUUUCAUUCGCACAGCGAAUUCAGCAAUUCUACUCACAUCUUGAAGGAUAUUAAUAAUGCAUCUACUGCUGCAAAUUGCUUCGUAAGGAUAUCUGUGAUCUCUGUAAUUGUCUGCACUUCUCUAUUUGGCAAUGUACUUGUCUUGAUGGUUUUCCAGCGCAAGCCGCAGUUGCUUCAUAUCGCAAACCGUUUUGUUUUCAAUUUGCUUAUAGCAGAUCUUUUUCAAACAGUUCUGGUGAUGCCCGUGGUUAUUCUCGCCACAAUGCCUUAUGUUUGGCCGCUGGACCAACGUCUCUGCAAGGGUUUAGUAGUUUUGAUGCAUCUGUUUGCAUUUGCGGGAGUGAAUACCAUUAUAGUUGUUUCUAUUGAUAGAUACUUAGCCAUUAUACACCCCCUGUCAUACCCCACAAGGAUGACCCCCCAGAGAUGUAGCAACCUAAUUGUUUUAACAUGGCUACUAGGUAUCAUUCAAAGUACACCACCAUUAUACGGCUGGGGCAAGAUUGACUUUGACCAAGGACAUAAUGUUUGCACUGUAUUGUGGUCUUUCAGUUAUUCGUAUACCUUGCUGGUUGCACUCUUUUCGUUCUGGCUACCGGUGUGCAUUAUGCUGGGAUGUUACUGGAUGGUGUUCAGGGCCGCGAGAAGGCAGAAUGCACUGGUGCAUCCUAUUCAAACAGCCAAUGGUCAGGCAAAAUGUGAUGAGCUUUCCAAGAACUCGGGCUCGAGGGUACGCCCGCGCCACCUCCAUUAUCACUGCAAAGCAGCCAAGGUAGUGUUUGUGAUAAUGUUCUCCUAUAUCAUUGGUAUGGGACCGUAUAGUCUCCUUAGUAUGGUGUUACUGAGAAGGAAAACACCUGUACCGCAAUGGAUUACAACAUUUGCUUUAAUUUUGUUCUUCUUACAGUGCUGCAUUCAUCCAUACAUAUAUGGGUAUAUGCACAGAAGUGUGAGAAAAGAAUUUGUACUUUUACUCUGCGGGUGUUUUUGCAGACAGACGAAACCAAGAGUCUCGACUAUAGACAGUUAUUGUACAGCUACUGAAGGGACAGUCUUCCACACACAAUUUUCGGCUGUCAGAGUCCGCCCCAUGCACAGCUGGGAAGUAUCCACUUCAUCUGCCAGACCAGAUAAGAUAAUUAGCAUUUCAAAAGACAGUACUGGGAAGGAAACUACAUCAACUAGUUUCAGUUCUGAGAAAGAACUUUACCUUCUACCUUCCAAGAUCCCAAUCAGAGACGGAUGA